AUGAGUCUAGAAGGGAAUCUUAUUCCCCUCCUUUGCAUCCGCCCCAUGCGGCUUUUUCUCUCCGCCGGAACCGUUCGCCGCGUGCGCAUUGUCUUGCUUCGAGCCACUCAUCUCCCAUUUGUUGCAUUGAUAUGGGCAUAUGAAUCCAAAUGGCGGCAUUUCAAACGACAGAACAGCCUGUUUCCCCCAAUGUCGGCUCGCGAUCAAGAAACUUCUGAAAAUCCGACUGGUCCCAGGUGCCAGGACCCACAUCACCCCUCCGUAGUUGAAACAAAUCGCCUAGGCCCAGGAAAAGCACAAAGUGUGGGUCAACAAGCCGCGCGUGAGCUAGGCAUGGGGCAGGUCGGGCAAGUACCGCAGCUUGCGGAUCUGAUCGACGCGAUAGAACGACUCCGAACUCAAGUGGAGGCCAUUUCCCAGCAAAAUUGA